AUGGAUUCCGACUCGGCAGUAAAAUUACCACCGAUAUAUGUCCACAAAGGAAAGAAGGUGCGCACGGAUGUUCUGACCCGUCAGGCCCUAGUUCCGCCAAUAUUUCGCCGUAGGGAGUCGCUGAAACGUGAGGCCAGAUAUUCUAAAGUGCAUUCAAGUGACACUAGUGGUGAGAUUCAAGCGUCAGCUAACGAAGCCUACUGCAACGCCUUAUAUCUCAGAUACCAAACGGAUUUCAACUAUUUAUCUCCCGAAUUGGUCCUAAAUAAGAAAGUUUCUGGCAAUACGAAUAUAAAAAGUGUCGGAACAGAAACUAAUAAGGAGAUUGUAUCUCAUUUGAGCAAUGGUAAGCGCAGAAGGACCAAGAGUGCCUCUUCCGACUCGCCAGAUAGCGUGCCAACAUCUCCCUGGUUAAAUCGCAUGUUGCCCAUUUUAUUAAAAGUGAUGUCAGGACGAGAUGGCGACUCCAACGACAUAUCUUCUAUUGGUUUUAAGGAGGAAGUUUUGCAACUGUAUAAAACUGGGCAAAAAUUUGAGGAAUGCAAUCUGCGAGAUGUAGCAACUGUUUUAUCCAGCAUAGUUUCCUAUAUUGACGAUUGGCGAGCGAGUGCACAGAUUGCAAUAUCGCAGCGUAUAACAAUUGAAGAGGCUCGCGGUUUAAUGGAAGAAUUCCAAGAGCUGAGUGGAGGCUUAGUUCGAGUCGAUCUUGCAACCGAAAUUGACAAUGACAUUAAGAUCUGCGAAGCUUUCGGAGCUAAGGUUCGCCUGACCAUGACUACUCUCUCUUCCAGUAACGACCGCACGGUUAGUCUUGAGGAGGUCGAAUCGUUGGUUCAGGAGUCUAGUAGUUGUCGCUUCUUGGUACCUGAGGUCGUUGCUCUCCAAAGCAUAUUCCGUAAUCUCAUAUCACUGCGCAGCCUUAUGGAAACCUCUGUCCUAGAUUUAGAUUUGUCUGAGUGUGAGUCGCUUGUGUCGAUAUGUGAGAAGGGGUUAGUUAGGUUACCGCGAUUGGAUGAAUUGCGUAGGCGUUUACAGGAAUCCGUGUGGCUCCACACUGCUAGCAAGGCGUGUCAACGACAAGUCAGAUAUUCGCUGGCAAAAAGCCUGAUUGAUAAUGUACCUGAUGUUCUGCGGGACCAUAGGUUGUACGUCAUUUUAAAGAAAAAGUGCCAUGAUGUUGAGCAAUGGAUGGAACGUAUAUCUAAGUUCUCCUUUUACCAAAUGGUAUCAAACGAAGUAACAUACAGCGGUUUACUAUCUAAGAAAGAUGUUUCUUCUCAGUCACCUGUUGGUUCAGGGUCGGUUGUUGGUGUAAAAUGUGAUGCACGUACUUUCGAAGAAAUAUGUUCUGCAUACCACCAGCUAGAGCUCACCCUCCCUAUCUUUAGGAGCAUAGAACCAUUAUGCCAAUCAUUAAAGAGGCUACAAAGACGGCUUCACAAAAUUGAGGUGGUGUUACAGACAAAUUCUCGCAAUCCAAGUGUUGCGACCGAUUGCUUGUUAUUGCUUCAGCAUGCAGAGCCGCUCUCGGAAAUAAUCGACCUGACUGAAUACCUUGAACCUAUACGAUCAGGAGUAGAGUUGUGGUUGAACUACGAGAAGAGAUGUAGGAAGGUUCUUGAUAGUGUCAAGGCUUUUGUCCUCUCCAAGGAUUUUAACAAGCUGAAAUCUGAUUGGGGCUUUUUGCUAAACUUUCGUAAAACUACGAAAUUAUCGGACGCAGAUUUUAUUGGCAUAGCCGAUCUUAUAAGGUUAUACGAGCAGGAGGACCGUGUGCCCUUCGAGGACGUUCGUCAACUGGAGGCUGAAUUCAGGUCCUUGCGCAUAAAAAAUCUCGUUUUACAGCGGGAAAUAAGUGAAAUUUAUGAGAAAGGUGUCACAUUGAAUUCAAAAGUGGAUUCGGCUUUUGAUUCUGUAAAAGAGGAUGUUAGCAAAAGCGGUUCGGUAUUAAGUCAUGUUGUUUUGGUUAUCCUUGAGGUCCUCAAAUUUGGAGCGAAGUUGGAUUCUAUGCCUAAACUACGACUUUGUCUGUCAUAUUUGCGAUGGUCACGUGAAUUCUAUACAGUCUUUUUCAGCACUACUGCGAUGUUGGACGGAGGCUCGCGUUUAAGAACCCUGGCCGCCGAAGGAGCAGACGAUCGCUUUAACGAGAUAACAUCUCACGCCGGUUUACACGAGAGCAUUACGAAUCAACUGAAUAAAAUUGGAUGCUUAUCUAUCGGUAACGAAGCUCCGCGCACCGAGUCUCAGCUUUUGAUAAUGCCAACCAUCGAGAUGUUAUCCUUCUCAUCGCAAGUGUAUAACAUAGAUGUAUCUUUUUUCGUUGAAUUGCGCAGGCGAAUUAUAGAUGAUUUUCGCUGCCUGCGUUCGGAACUACAAAUCCACGCUUUUGCGGCGGUGGACGGAGCGCUUUGGCUAGAUAAGGGUUCAUUUGACAACGUAUGUUGCCGUUUUAAAGACUGUAGUCUCUCUUUUUCUAGCACUGCAACCCGUUAUGGUGUCGAAAGAGCUCAACUUCUAUCCCGCCGUACGGCGAAGGCGCAUAAAUCACCUAGUUGCGACUGCGCUCGUGUACCGGGCACAUUGAUAACUCUACCAACACUGUCUGAAUUUAGAGCUAUUGAUCUUCAAUCGCAAGUGGAGAGGGCUUGUGGUACCCUUGUUACUGAUGACGGAGGUUUGCGCAUAUUAGGAGUGCGGAUUGAUGAUGGCCUAUGGCGUUCUUGUGGCGGUUUCAGCGGAAUUGGGAAUUUGAGGCGCUUAGUCAUCAUUAUUUAUAUGGAUAUCAAGGCUUGUGUAUGUUACUAUGCGAUUUCAAGUCCCGCCGCAAACCCGGCAGGCAACUACUCCAUUUCAAGCUGUGCCGUGCUAAACGCAUCGGGAAGAUUCGUAGUAUUGAAAGGUACACCACCAAAACAAUUAAUGCUUGAUGAUGUGUCGACACUCACACACUCUUUCUGCGCAUCUCCUGUGCCAUACGGUUUUUUCGCCUUCGGCCGCUGUGAUGGAAAGUUAGUGGUUUCGAACAUGUCUAAUGUCCAUGUUGUGGAUGAAUUCACGAUAGAAUUAGAAGGAACUGCUUGCUCUUCAAACGAUGUCACGUUUUGCGGUUUCGGCAAUCUGUCUCCGGUUGGGUCAUUACCUCGGCAUUGGUGCAGUGCUAUGUUAGCCCUGUGCCACUUACUAAAACUAUAUGGAAAAAAGAUGCGUUUCAUGUUGAUAGAUAUUUCCACAUCAACUAGAUCCAUUAUCAGGGACAGGUGUUCGCUUGCUGUGAUCUAUGAGGUUGUCAUCGGAGGUUCUGUAAAAUCCGGUGGAAAGAUAAACUUUAGUUACGGCUAUCACAUAGCGAGUGAUAAUAGGCUUAAUGACCGAAAUUUACACGAGAAUGCAUAUAAUUUUUCGGAUCGUAUUGAUUCCUACAGCAGGCACAGAAUAGAUGCGGAGUUGCAUUUACAAAUGAUGAAGUGGAAGGUAAUACCACAGCUCAAUCCAGACAAUAUCACAAUGACAAACAUUUGUGUAAUAGGGGCAGGAGCACUUGGUUGCCAUAUUAUUAGGCAAUUUUUGGCAUGGGGCGCCAGAAACUUCGUUGUCAUAGACUAUGCGAAAGUAACAAAUGCUACGCGACAAUGCCUGUUUAAUAGCCGUGAUUCCAUCGACCAGGCAUAUAAAGCCACAUUAGCAUGCCAAGAAAUAAAGCGUAUUCGCCCAGACGCUGAUGCGAUUCCAGUAAACAUGUUUGUUCCCAUGCCUGGUAUGUUUUUUGGUCUGAGCUCGCAAAUACAUCAUUUGGUAGGUCAUUUUAUAUAUGAAGAGGAUUUGCGCGCUUCAUACACCACUCUCACGAACAUUAUGCUUAAAUGUGAUGUGGUUUUUCUUGCUACAGACUCCAAGGAAUCACGAUGGUUACCGUCGUUAAUUGGAGCCGCUCAUAGAUUUCACUCUGCGGAGGUUAACUCAGGUGUUUUAGACGAAGCCAAUCCAAAUGGAGAAUUGCGCGAAAAUAGGCGUGGCCCUUUAGUUAUCUCGACUGGCCUCACGUUUGACACUUUUAUGGUUAUUAGACAUGGUUAUGGCGGUUUUUAUGGUGGAUGCUACUUUUGCAGCGAUGUGCAGUGGCCCGAAGACUCUAUAUCUAGCAGACCCGUUGACGAAACAUGCACCUUAGUCAAGCCGGGAUCAGUAGCCAUGUGCGCAGCAGCUGCCGUAGAGCUUUUCAUAUCUCUGACGCAGCAUCCGAGACGUUUUGAGGCGCCACACAACGGAACCAGCUGUAUAGGGGGCGUUCCUCAUGCCAUGCAUAUGAGUUUGUCAGGUAAGGCAAUCACACGCGAAGCUUUACAAAGCGCAGAUAUGCACGUAGACCAGUUUUACGUCGAAGCAUCUAAAAGAUGUGUCUGUUGUUCAGAUGCUGUGAUUAAAAAGCUAAAAUCAAACGCUUUUGAUUUUUUACAUCAGGUAGUAAGAACCCCUUCAAUCCUAGGAGAAAUAUCAGGCCUAAACAGAACACUUAGCGCAGUUGCUGGUUAUGACAUGAACACUACUGCGAUUGAAGAUGACUUUGUGCUAAUUUGA